CCUCAAACACUUCCCUGAAGUUGUGCCUGUGUUGUUUACAAGUGUCUCUUCCCGCCCUGGGACUAAAAGCAGCUGAUUGUCGGGAAGCAGCGGCUCCACAUGGCUCCUGCUGAGGUCUGAGGAUGAUCAAGACCGAGAAGAUCCUUCAUCUGAAGAGCUGCCGGGGCCGGAAGGUCCGGGUGGUCCGUGAACACUACCUCAGGGAGCGGGUUCCGUGCUACAGCUCCCGGUGUCAGGCGGACUGUGACAGCGGUAACGAUGGAAAGGUGCUUCCAGGAGAUCUGACCCACUAUGUGUUCCCUGACGUCGGCGUGGUGGUGGACUAUCUGGAGAUCCUGGAGUUCAGAGAGCUGCAGGGCGUCGUCUUCACGCAGACCGCCUGCCAGGCCGUGCAGCACAGCAAAGGACGCAGGCAGUACAACCGUCUGCGAAACCUGCUCAAAGACCCUCGACACGACUGCGUGCUGUUUGCCAACGAGUUCCAGGAGUAUUCCUACUGUCCACGAGAGAAGGGGGAGAGCCAGGACAGGUGGCACACCAGGUGUGUGUACGCUGCAGCAGUGUGGUACUAUCACCACCUGGCAGGUCUGAUGGACGUGGUGAUGAUCACAGAGGACCAGCAGGCCGUGGAUCAGUACAGCAGCCUCAACUCUGGAGUAUACGUCAUCUCCGUCCAGGAUUAUUUGCAGAACUUCUGGCCGGAGCUGCAGGCGGCACAUGAUCUGUACGGCUCCAUUUCCCAGGCGCUACAAGAGAAGGAGAGCGAAGGCACAGAGAGGGAGUACACCGAACAUCUGCCCGCUGAGGUGCUGGAGGCUGGAAUCAAGUCUGGCCGCUACAUCCAGGGAACUCUGAACAUCAGUAAGCACCGAGCUCACAGCGAAGCUACGGUCAUGACGGAGGGUUUGUCCACUAAGAACACAGAUCUGAGUUUGGGCGUGUUGGUGUGCGGAGGAAAGAAUCGUAACAGAGCCGUGCACGGUGACGUGGUCGUGGUGGAGCUGUUGCGAAAGAGCGAGUGGAGAGCGAAGGACGAGGCGCUGACGGAGGGUCAGGCGGAGGAGAAGAGCGGAGAGGAGAGCGACAGUAAACCCAUGCCGACAGGCCGUGUUGUGGGGAUCCUGCAGAGGAACUGGAGGGACUAUGUGGUGACGUUUCCUCCCAGGGAGGGGCCUCCGUCCCAGAGCAGGAACUCUCAGCGCAUCCUGGCCGUUCCCUGGGACCAUCGCAUCCCCAAGAUCCGCAUCAGCACGCAGCAGGCUGACGCUCUGCAGGACCACAGGGUGGUGGUUCGCAUUGAUUCAUGGGAAAGCACGUCGCUCUAUCCCAACGGCCACAGCGUGCGGGUGCUGGGUCGGGCCGGAGAGCUCGAGACGGAGGUCCAGACCAUCCUCAUCGAGAACUGCAUCCACGUGCCUCCAUUCUCAGACGCACAGCUGAGAGAGAUGCCCGUCAACUCUCCAGAGAAGCCGUGGACGGUUGAUCCCGUCCAGGUGGCGAAGCGGCGGGACCUCAGAAAGACUCACCUGGUGUUCAGCAUCGACCCGAAGGGCUGUGAGGACGUAGACGACACGCUGUCAGUGCGCAGCCUCGCGGGCGGGAAGCUGCUGGAGCUCGGGGUCCACAUCGCAGACGUCACACACUUCGUCACCGAGGGCUCGCUCACUGACCUGGAGGCUCGAACCAGGGCUACGACAUACUACCUGGCAGACCGCCGGUACGACAUGUUGCCCGCCGUUCUCAGCGCUGACCUCUGCUCUCUGCUGGGAGGAGUCGACAGGUAUGCGAUGAGCGUGAUGUGGGAGCUGGAUGCACAAACCCUGGCCGUCAACAAGGUGUGGUACGGCCGCACGCUGAUCCGCUCCUCCUACCAGCUCCACUACGAGCUGGCCCAGGCGCUCCUCAACGGGGAGCAGGCAGAGGUCCCGGAGCUGAAGGAGCUCAGCUCUGAGGAGAAGGACGCGAAGCUGGCCGAGCUCACUCAGGCUCUGGAGCUGCUGACACAUGUGGCCAGACACCUGCGGGCGCAGAGGGACAGAGGAGGAGCGCUGGAGCUGGAGGGGGUGGAGGUUCGAGCCCAGCUGGACGAGCAGAAGAACAUCACAGCUCUGGUCCCCCGUCAGCCUCUGGAGGUCCAUGAGACCGUGGCCGAGUGCAUGAUUUACGCCAACCACUGGGUGGCGCGCAAGAUCCAGGAGAGCUUCCCUCAUCAGGCCCUGCUGAGGCGCCACCCGCCGCCACGCCAGGAGUUCUUCAGCCAGCUGGUGGACUGCGCCGUGGCCGCGGGGUUCACCAUCGACACCAGGACCAACAAGGCUCUGGCUGACUCUCUGGACCGAGCCGUGGACCCACAGGACCCGCUGGUGAACAGGCUGCUGAGGAUGAUGGCCACCACAGCCAUGUCACAGGCUCAGUACUUCUCCACUGGUCUCCACUCCCAGGACCAGUGCUACCAUUACGGUCUGGCUCUGGAUCGCUACACUCACUUCACCUCACCCAUCCGUCGCUAUGCCGACAUCGUGGUGCACCGCCUUCUAACCGCCGCCAUCGACAUGGACAGGGAGGCGGAGCCUGGGAAAGCGUUAGCCAGUAACAAAGAACUGGAGGAAAUGGCUCUUCACAUCAACAACAAGAACAGGGCAGCCCAGCAGGCCCAGAAGUUGUCCACGGAGCUGUUUCAGUGUCUCUUCUUCAAAGAGAGAGACCCUCAGACGGAUCCGUGCUGUGUGGCCAACGCCGUCAUCUACUCCAUCAGAGACAACGGCGUGCUGGUGUUCGUCCCAGAGUACGGCGUCAAAGGGCCGGUGUACCUGAGGAACCGAGAGGGUCAGGUGGUGUCUGUGGGACAGGACGGCAGCUGCGAGUGGCAGAGCGGCUCCGUGCGACGCCACUCAGACCACAUCACCACCACCUCCAUCUGCGGCACCUCCACCUUCACACUGUUCGACCACAUCACUGUUCGUAUUUCCGUGCGCUCCACACACUGCCACGCAGACAGUCUGAACCUGGAGGUCAUCAGCAACAAGCCCCACCUCAGCACGGAGCCUCAGCAGCCGCGCUCGCAGGGCCGCUGCCAGCUGGUGCAGGAGGUGGUGCGUCUGGCCGAGGAGGCGUCCCAGCAGGCGCAGGAGAAGGCGGCCCGCCAGCCUAAACUCUCCAGAGAGGAGCGAGAGUUCUGUCAGAGCAGGAGCCCCAACCUGUACUCCCUGCUGGAGGAGGUGAGGGAGCUGGCUCUGCUGGACCUGGAGGUGACGGCACGGCUCUGUGCAACCACCGCUUAGAGCCGCUGUGACAUCAUCACGGCUCAGCUGGACUCACAGGAGCCUGCUGAGGUUGAAGGACGGCCACAAGAACAAGAGACUUUUCUCUUUCACAUAAUUCUUAAGCUGUUUGAAAUAUGAUGCAGAUCGUUUAUUAUCUGAAUACUUUUUAUCAUUUAAAGGAAAAAUACUUGAUGAUGAAAAGUGUCCUGAAGUCAUGUGAUGAUAUUAACUGAGAGCAGACAUAAUCUGAGUCAGUAGAUAUUUACAUCAAGUUGGUCCAAAGAUAAAAACCACAGACUUUGGUCAUUGUGUAACAGAGAGGAACUUCAAAUAUAUAAUUUUCUUUUGCUCUCAAUCAAAACAGGAACAAAAGACAAAGCAGUGUCGUCACUGCAGUCAGUUUCUCCUGGUUAGGAUUCCUUCAUGGUUCAGUGUUCAGGAGGUUUUUACCAGGAGCUGAAUUAUCCACAGAGCUCUCCUCCUCUCCAGAACAAACACACAGCUGAUUUAAACCAGUAACACACUGAAUAAAGACUUUUCAUUUUAAAAAUCAGUGUUUCUCAGAUGCAGUUCAGCACAUCAGGGGCUGGAGCCGAGCUGCUGCUGACGUUUGCUCAGCUUGUUUGAACUUCAGAUCCAGAUGUCUGAUGUUUAAAAAAAAAACUUCAUCCAGUUAUAACCUUUAGUUAAAAACAACCAAGAUCUAAGUGUGUUUUUAAAAAUGGAUAAAAGUUAAUGUAUGGGGCACCCAUUAGCUCAGCUGUUGCUGCAUGUCAUCCCUCCUCUAUCUCUAUUUUGAAAAACUUAUUCAUGAUAGCUUUCACAGACACCACGGCUCUGAGGCAUGAGCAGAGGGGAUAUGAUGGCGACCACAUAACACGAACUGUGUCCUUGAUUAACACGACAGACUCUCUGGGUUUGUUGGAGACAUUUUGGACAAUGUAAGAACUAAAUAUAUAACACUGGUCUGAUGUUUUUCAGACAUGUUAAAGCAGAGCAGGUCCAUAUUAUCUCUUUAACAGUGACGGCUCAUGUUAGCAGACGUUUCCUGAAAACAGUUUGAACACUGAGACAUUAGACGACGUGAAGCUGCUGAUGUUUAACACUUUAAUAACUACUGAGACGUAUAAGCGUCAUAUAUGCAUCAGAAUUAUGUUUCACAUCAACAGUAAUGAAGCUUCAAAAUGAUCCUCUGAUUUAUUCACAUUUAAACCUGUUGAUAGUUUCACUGAUGAUCUGUGGGUUAUUAUUAUUAUUAUUACACAUAUAUCAGCCGUGGUCCGUUAUAUAUCAAUACUAUAAAGUUAACACUGAGUAUUAAAGUUUAAGUUGUUAGUUUACAUGAAAUUAUUGCUCCAGUUAAUUAAAAAACACAUUUAGAGACUCAGAAUGUUUCUGCAGAGAUUUAUUAUUUGUCAUGUGUGAGAUGUUCCUGCAGCUCUCUCUCUCUCACCUCCUCCUGUGAUUAAUUUGUUUUACUAAAAUAUAUUUUGAUGUUUUGAUGAUACUCAAAAAAUCUAUUAGUGAACUUUUUAGUGAUGAACCAGUCAGUCAGCUGGACAACAGAAACUUUAAUAAAUAAGCUGUUUGAAGGAGAAAUGUGUCAAAGUGUUCACAGAAAUUUAAAAGAGAUCAGGAUAUUAUGAAAAUAGAAUAAAAUUAAUUCUGUAUUUUUUUUUAAAUGUUUUCCUGUGAGGUUAACUUAAAGGUUGUAUCAUAGACUUUCUUUAAAAAAAAAAAAAAGUUCCUUUGUUUUCCUGCACAAAAACAAAAAACAAAAUUGACUGACUUUAAUUAUCAGUAUCGAUAGAUUUUCACAAUUGAUGCGUCAACAAACUUUAUAAAAAAAAAAAUUUUUCGGAGUAACAAACUGUUUCCUAAACUCCAGCUCAGAGUAACGAGGUGAUGAAACUGUGAUACAGGUGAACACAAAGUUCUUCAGGUUAAUGAGGACUCAGGUUUAUGACUGAUGUGAUUAGUGUUUUCCUUGAUGAUGACUGAUGGUUUAUUAUUAAUAUUAUUAGCUUUUGCUUCUGUGUUAGAAUCUAUUUUUGUAACAUGGCUGAUUUUGUUUCUUUGUGGUUUGUAAUUAAAACUGUGGAUGAAAAAU